AUGAAUACAGAGGCAUUGGAAAAUUGUCUUGAUAGAUGUUCGAUGAGAAUUAUCACUGAAAUGGAAAAAUACGAAUUUCGGCCACCAAAAAUUGCUUUAAUUACAGGGAUAUCCGGACAGGAUGGUUCCUAUCUUGCUGAAUUGUUGUUAUCGAAAGGUUAUGAAGUACAUGGAAUUAUUCGACGAUCAUCAUCUUUCAACACAGCUCGGAUCGAGCAUUUGUAUUCAAAUCCAGUAACCCAUAAUACCGACUCCAGCUUCACACUUCAUUAUGGUGAUAUGACAGAUUCAUCCUGUUUGAUUAAACUUGUCAGUCAAAUCCAACCAACAGAAGUGUACCAUUUAGCCGCUCAAAGUCAUGUCAAGGUAUCUUUUGACUUGCCAGAAUACACAGCAGAAGUUGACGCUGUUGGAACACUGCGUUUGCUGGAUUCCAUUCAUGCGUGUGGUUUAACUAAUAAAGUAAAAUUCUACCAAGCUUCGACAUCCGAAUUAUAUGGUAAAGUGCAAGAAGUGCCUCAAAAAGAAACUACACCCUUCUAUCCUCGUUCUCCUUAUGCUGCUGCGAAGCUUUAUAGCUAUUGGAUUGUGAUUAAUUACCGUGAAGCAUAUAACAUGUUCGCUUGCAAUGGAAUUUUAUUCAAUCAUGAAAGUCCACGACGAGGCGAGACGUUCGUUACACGAAAGAUUACGAGAGCAGUUGCAAAAAUUGCCUUAGGACAGCAAGACGUACUGGAAUUGGGAAAUUUGAGCUCCAGUCGUGAUUGGGGCCAUGCCAAAGAAUAUGUCGAGGCAAUGUGGAAAAUACUGCAACAUGAUCAGCCCGAUGAUUUCGUUAUUGCAACCGGUAAGAGCUACACUGUUCGUCGAUUCGCCGAACUUGCUUUCAAGGAAAUUGGGAAAACAAUAAUUUGGGAAGGUGAAGGAGUGAAUGAAGUCGGGAAGGAAGAAGAUACCGGUAUUAUUCGGGUCAGAGUCAGUCCUAAAUAUUACAGACCAACGGAGGUGGACCUGCUCGUAGGCGAUUCUACAAAAGCGAAACAACAACUCAGUUGGGAGGCAAAAAUUACACUGGAGGAGCUCGUGAAGGAAAUGGUGGAAAGUGAUUUACGACUCAUGAAAUCAAACCCAAUGGCCUAA